AUCUAUUUUAAUCACAGAUUUUAAUUAAAUUUGAAUCUUAUAAAAUAUGACGUUUUGACACUAUUUUAUUCACCUACAAUUCUUUGGCAACGCCGCUCGUGAAAAUUCGACUCACUGGUUUUGUCAGCUGUUUGUCCGCCAUCUUUCAAUCGCCGUUGUGGAAGAAUAGUAAAUGUCAUUCAUUAAUAUUUGCUUCUGGCAGAAAGCUACUUGUAUCUUCGCCAUCCUUGGAUAAAAAAGUUUUAUACAAGAUGACGACUGGAAUGCCCGAGCUGGGCUCAAAAAUAAGUCUAAUAUCGAAGGCUGAUAUUCGCUAUGAAGGUCGUUUAUUUACAGUUGAUCCUCAAGAGUGCACAAUAGCUUUGGCGUCCGUUCGCUCAUUCGGAACUGAAGAUCGUGAUGCUCAAUAUCCAGUCCCUGCCCAAAACCAAGUAUAUGAUUAUAUACUGUUUAGGGGUACCGAUAUCAAGGACAUCAGAGUCACCAACAAUGUGUCCCAUCCACAACCACUCAAUGACCCUGCCAUUAUGCAGCUUUCAGUUCCACCAUCACUGGGAGGCCAAACCUUCCAUCAAACUCAUCCAGUUCUGGGUGCAAUGGGUCCUCAAAUGGGUCAGUUUCCUGGUGCAUAUGGUGGCAUUGGUACCAUUGGAGCAAUAGGCACUGGAGCUAUUGGAACAUCAUUGGGCAUGCAGAGAGACAACAGGGGUUUGAACAAUUCAAAGCCAAGUGAGUUAAUAUUGGGAACUAGUCCCCAGUCCAAUACUGUGAAACCCCCAGUUCUUUCCCCCACUGGUAUUCAACCUAUUCAGCCUAAUAAUCAUGCUUCUGUUUUAGAUCUUAUUGGUGGCUCAAGAAGUACCACACCUGCCAGCCUCAGUUCCAGAAAAUCCCCUACUAACGACCAGGGAGUCCAAGCUGGAGGAUCAGGCCACAACGAGAAGAGAGUUGUGCAGCCAAUCCAACCACCCAAUCAAAGAAACCAACAAAGACGGAGGUCAAGGGAGAGGAGAGAUUCUAGAGAGAGAAAUGACAACCAACAGCAAAACAGACAACCCAUUGGUCGAUCUCAACAGAAUAAUGCCCAAUACAGUUACCAACAUCAUCAAGGAUAUUCAAACCAACACAAUCAAGGAUACCAGCAACACUACCAACAGCACCCCAGAGGCAAUUGGGUGAAUAAUAGAGGUCCAAUGAGGAUGAGAGGUCGAGGACAAAGGGGCCCAGGCUACAGAAACAACAUGGGUGUUGGUGGAAAUAGACCAAGAAAUACCUUGAAAUUUGACAAUGAUUAUGAUUUUGAGCAGGCUAAUACUGAAUUUGAGGAACUUAGAAGUCAGCUGGGAAAAUUAAAAAUUGAUGAAGUAGGAAGUGUAAGUACUACUAAGAGUGAAGUGAAUGGAGAUGUGGACAAAAAAGAUGAUUCUGGAAAUGAAACGGGUGCUGGAGAGACUGAACAAGAGGAGGACCAUGAAGUAUAUUAUGACAAGAGUAAAUCCUUCUUUGACAAGAUUUCAUGUGAAGCAGUAGAACGAGCUAAAGGAAAAUCUCAGAGGACUGACUGGCGUGUGGAACGUAAAUUGAACUCUGAGACAUUUGGAGUAGCAGCUGCAAGAAGAGGAAGUUACAGGGGUCGAGGUGGAUUUAGAGGGAUGGGCUACCGAGGAGGAUACCGUACAAACAACUACCGACAACCCCAACAACAAAAUCAGCGUCGUGGUGGAGGACCUAGCAGUGAUAAUCGACAGACAUCCCAGCAACAGCAACCAGCACAACAACCACAGCAGCAGCAACAACAAGACGAGACUGAAAAAGACCCACCACAGGAGAAUAUUCAUAAUGACACUGAUUCUGUCAAACAAAUCAUUGUGGAGGAUGUAGAUUUACCUCCAGAGUGUUCACAGGUUCAGAGUAAAAGUGACACCGUCGGGAGUGUUCCCGAACCUGCGAUGGCAGUGAAAUAGAAGAUCUGACCAGGAACACCUGACACUAGAUUGAGAAAAAAAUACACAAUAAGUGUUUUAGUUUAUAAAAAAUACAACAAUCUGUGAUGGAGUGAGUUUGUACUACUAGAAAAAUGUUUUUGUUAGAUCUACAAGUAUCGCGCGGAUUUAUUCUACACAACUAAAUCGGUUCACUCGUUCAUUGAGCCAAAAUCUCAUUGGUGUUUAGAAAAAAGCUGCGGGUCCGGCUCAACUCGUUUACUGAUCGAUAUUUGUCUUUCCAACAAAAACGUUAGAAUAAAAAUUGAAAAGAGAAAAGAAACAAAAAUUUGUCCUGGUGUCAGUAUUAAGAUUUUAGACUUAUAGCGAUACGCAUUUUGACGUGUCCCUGAUUUUGAUCGUUUUUAUAUAUCGCGAAUCGUCUUUCCAAUCAAGCGUUGGAUAACAUAUGUUACAGUGAAAGUUGACGUUUCAGGGAAGGUUAACCUUUACUAGUCACGGUCGACUCUCGCUGGGCAUCUUAGUGAAAGUUGAAUUCUGAAAUAACAAGAUCAACUUUCACUAGUGAAGGUUGACCAUUCUUAGUGAACGUCAACCUCCCCUACAGCAGUCUAGGGAAAGUUACACAGACGUACAAACAAGAUCAACAUCCACUAGUGAAGGUUGACAAUUCCUAUAGUGAAUGACAACCUCCUCUACAACAGUCUAGGGAAAGUUAGAGAGAAAUAAAAGACUAAUCUUAAAUCACGUAUACUUUUAUAACAAAAGUAAAUUUAGAAUUUGAAAGAUGAACAAAUAAGAACAAAAUAAAACGUGAAACUAUAGUCUACAAUUUAAAGACUAUAAUAGAGACGAAAAUACUAUAGUCAACAAUAAUAAAAUUAUUUGUUGCAACAUGAUAAUGCUUUAUGGCAUUUGGAAUUGCAUAAAACAUUGUUUUUUAUGCAGUAACACUUCUUUGUUUGGCACUUCUUGUUACAACUGCACUUAAAAAAUCCUUGCCCACUUCCGGUUGACUGAGUAGUAGCAACUGUUCGUAAAGUAAGUGUCUUUUCCAUUGGAAUUUCAUCUUCUUUUAUAAUGUUUACUGGACAAGUAUUAAACUGGGAUCUGCAAAUAAAAAGAUACUUGCAGGCUUAAAUGUAAAAUUACUAAUUAUUAUACUAUGCGGUAUUAAAUACGUUCAAACAAGUUAAACUUCAUAAAAGUAUUAAAAAUGUAAACUAAAUUGACGACAGGUCAAGGUCGUUCGCCCGCCGUGCACAUCCGCCAGAUGUUCAACAUUCCCUAGGCUGAUUCCGUGAAGGUUCACCUUCCCUAGUGAAAGCUGAUAUAUAUUUUCUACUAUCAACAUUCACUGGUCAUUUCAGUGAAGGUCGACAAUCACUAGCGACGGUACACCUUGACUAAUAUUCAGCUUUCACUGUAACAUAUAUAUACAACAAAUAAAAAAUUCGUUAUCGAAAAAAUACUAAAUAGAAUUUACAAGUUUGUCGUAAUUUUUUAACAAGUAUUUUUAAAAUGGUUAAAGUGAGGGACAAAGAAAAUGCUACUACGAUUUUUCAACACCAAAACAUUAAUGGCACCAACUAGGUCCCUCUUUUUGUGUGUUUAGCGAUUGAUUAUAGACUGUAAAUGACGUGUUAUGAUUAUUUUAUAUAUGUUGCCAAAAUGGAGAGGAUAUUAUAAAAAAAAUCUUUAGAAAUUAUGUAUCUAAUGUUUACAAAAAAUUCAACAGUAGAUAAAUAUACACGUCUGUAAUAUGAAUAUUUGUUAUAUGUACAUAUUUUAAUUUGGCAACUAGUACCAAUUCUGAUGCAAAUAAUUUCAUAGAAAUUCUAAAUUAUAUUAAGGUGAAAUUAAUUAAUUUGGGUGUUAGGGAUAGAACAGUUGAUUGUGACUCAAUUUAUCAAUUAUAACACAUUUUGAAAUCAAUACAUCAAAUCACAAAUUUGAUAUAUGCCCCAUGAUAGGACAAAAUAUACACGUUAACUACAAUACAGUAAUACCAUAUAAACUUGACAUGAUCUUAGUCACUUGAAUCUUUUAAGUCUACUAGAUUUUUCGUAAACAUUGGAUAUACAUAUUAAGAAAAACACCUUACACAUUACGAAUGAAAGACGACGUAAUAUUUAUUUUUUGUUUAUAGAUAAUAAUUAUGUUUUAAUAAUUUAAGUGUAUAGAAAAAUGACUUUUGGUGUCUUUCUUUUUCUUCGUUAAUGUGAUUGGUGUUCUUCGAGAUAAUUAUAGCUAGAAUGCUUCCAAUAUUCAUACAAUUUAAUUGUGAGACUAAUAAAUGAUUUGGUUGAUAUAAGUGUAAAGAAGCACUCUACUUGGAACAGAAACGUUUUCCAUUUGCAAGGAAAAGAGGAUUAAAAACUUUUCUCUCGUGAAAUUCAAACAAAGCCAAAUUAAAACUUAAUUAGAUAAAAGGAUCUACAGAAAAGCACUCGAAUGGAUGAUUAUUUAGUAUUUUAUUAGUUUCAGAAAGGAAAUGGAAUGGUGUUUCGUUUUCAUGGUUCCGAUAAGACUUGCCUUUCUGAUACCAUGGAGAUACGGUUUAGAGCAUCAAGUUGCCUCCAGCCUGAUUUGAUUCGAGGACAAUUCCAGUCGGAGAGUUUGACUGGGGCAGUACAUCUGUCAAAGAAUGCCUCUGCUAAGGCCAGCUCAAUGAGACAGAAACCUUGAGUAGAGCAAAAGGGUAAAAGCUGGCUUGAUCUCGAUGUUCAGUAUGCAUAGGGACUGUGAAAGCACAGCCUAUCAAUUCUUUUGGUUUGAAAAGUUUCAGCAAGAGGUGUCCAAAAAGUUGUCACCUGGAUAACUGGCUUGUGGCGGCCAAGCGAUCAUAGCGACGUCGCUUUUCCUAUCAUUGUGAAGCAUAAUUCGCCAAGCGUUGGAUUGUUCACCCAUAUUAACGUCAGUUGGGUUUAGAUUGCCGUGGCACAGGUUAGUUUUACCCUACUGAUGACUCGUAGUUGUGAUAGUAAUCCUGCCCAGUACGAGAGGAACCGCAGGUUUGGACUUCCUCGAAUUGGUAAUGGUACGAAGCUACCAUAGGAAUGAAAAUUUAACUUUCAAGUGGUUUUCAGCAUUAUAGUUUAAAGUUCGAGUAUCCUCUUUUAGUUAAAGUCUAUCCGUUUGUUGUUUGGUUAGAAUACAGAGUUUUUAUUGUCUAGUCACUAUUUGAAUAUGUUAAGUAUCUGCCUUCAUCUUAAAUGUGUUAAUAGACAUUAAAUUUUUAUCAAACAGUUCAAACACAAUUACCGAAACCGUUUAAUGUCUUCAUUAUUCUUGUCAGAAAUAUUUUCUUUCGAAGUAUCUAUUAGAGAACCCUUCCGUACCACAUAUCAAAACCCCCUAAAACUUUACUAUACACGCAGUGGUUACCAACAUUUUAUGUCUGGCGACCCACCUUCUGAUGUUUUUUCAUAUUCGCGACCCAUCCCUCACCCAUGAUAAUACAUAAUGUACGUUAUUCAGCUACUGUAAAAGCCAUGCCGCGACCGACCCACUAAUGGGUCGCGACCCACUGGUUGGGAAACGCUGACUAUACAGUAAUCAACUGCUUACAAAAAUAUCUUCUUUUCACUUGCUUUAAGUCAUCGUCAAACUGAGUGAAUCUAAAUAAAUUAUCCUUGCAAUUGGAAAAUGAACUCUGAAACUGAUAUUGAAUGGUUUGUUGAGUAAAACAUGUUAGGGCAUACUUUUUCACCAAAAUAUAGAGCCAACCAAGAUUUUGUGUGAUAAUGCUAUGAAAUCGAAUUACUGAAUCUGUCAAUUUCGUUUUUUGUGUUGUUUGUAUUGAAGGUAGUUGGUGCUGGAUUAAAUCAUUUAAUAUUUCAACAGAAGCCGUUCACAUCAUAACAAUUUCGAAUGAUAUGAUUAAAAAAAAAUAGAAGUAUUUAUGUAUAUUUUUAUUGGCUCUAGAAAAUUGUGAGAAUAUUCUUUUUAUACUGUAGCUUACGUUGUGUGAAUAUGAAUUUAGUUUAUGGAUUACGUACUUGAGUUCUUAUUGGAAACACGUGAAAGUGGUAUAAAGGCAGAUUUAACGAAAAAUUUUACGGAAAUAUUUUGUUUAUACAGUUUUAUUUUGUAUUUAUGAAAUUCCUAAAAUGAAAUUGUGCGGGAAUCGGGGCAGUAAUUUCAAUGCGUGGCCUUUUACUCUUUCUUAGAAAUGUUAUGUUUAUUUUGAUAAUUUGUUAUUUAUAACCCGAUAACUAUUACUAUAGCAUUGACUUUUGUUUUAUUAAGGUCAUUUUGAAAUAAAAUUAUAUGGAAAUAAA